AUUGAACUGUGCAGGAAAACGGAUCGAAAAUUGCGAACGUUGUUGUUCACGUCUCUGGAAAAGAAAAAAGUGCUAUGUGUUUUUCUACUGUAGUAUAGCUGAUUGCCUUCCCAUAAGUUGAUUAUUGCCAUACCGAGUAGUGGUUCGGUGUAGUUGUGAAGUGAAAUAUUUUCCUUUUUUAAAUUCGAUUGCAAAAUCUUGCUUAACAAAACCCUGUGGCCGGAAACGGUACGGCGAUGAAGUACUUCCUGCUCGGCCUAGCUGGCAUCCUGCUGGCGACGGCUUCAGUUUGGAGCUCACCGGUUGAGACACAAUCCGGCGGACGGCGGCUUGUUGGAGCUAAGGAAUGCACCUGGGGACCCACUUACUGGUGUUCCAAUUUGAGAAAUGCCAAGAGCUGCGGCGCCGUCACCCACUGCAUCCAGACGGUGUGGGAAAAACAGAAGUACCCGGUCGAUAACGACGAGGUGUGCCAGAUCUGUCUGGACAUGGUCAAGCAGGCCCGGGACCAGCUGGAAAGCAACGAAACCCAGUCGGAUCUGAAGGCCGUCUUCGAGGGUUCCUGCAACCUGAUUCCGAUCAAAAUGGUCGCCAAGGAGUGCCGGCAGCUGGUCGAUGACUUCAUCCCGGAACUGGUGGAAGCUCUUGCUUCGCAGAUGAACCCGAACGUGGUCUGUAGCGUAGCUGGACUGUGCAAUAAUGCGGCUAUUGAUAAGAUGCUGGAAGAAAUGCCGGCCGUGAAGCCGAAGGAUCGAGCUGAUGCCGAUGACGAAUCGAGCGAGGUAAGCCGGUCGGGUGGAUUCAGCUGCGGCAAAUGCAAUCGAGUUGCUGGACUGAUUGCUAGCAAGUUUCAUGGCAGCGAUCGGGAUCAGGUGCUGGAGGGUUUCCUGCGGUUCUGCGGUCAAAUGGGAUCGUUCUCGGAUGGGUGCUCGAGCAUUGUGCUUUCCUACUUCAAUGAAAUCUACGACACCUUGACCCAGCAACUGGAUGCCAAGAAUGUAUGUCACAUGAGCGGCGUCUGCUCUGCACAAUUCCAUCAACAUGAGGAAGAAAGUGACGAAAUCGAGAUCCGUCCCAUGGGAGGUGUUGGAGUGAUCAAGUUGCGCGAUGAAGUCGAGGGAGGUGACGAUAUUCCGUGUAAACUGUGCGAACAGUUGAUUGAUCAUCUGAAGGACUUGCUGAUUGCCAACACAACCGAGCUGGAGUUUAAACAGGUUUUGGAAGGUCUCUGCAAACAGACCAAAUCUUUCAAGCAGGAAUGCUUGAACCUUGUCGAUCAAUACUACGAAGAGAUCUACAACACCCUGGUGCACAAUUUGGAUAGUAACGGAGCCUGCUUCAUGAUUGGAAUCUGCCCGAAGGGAUUGAGUCAGCUUUCGAUUGGCGGCCCGGUGAUGCCACUGGUUCCUGUGAAAGUGGCCGUUAUGCACGAACAACAGAACAAACCUCCGCGCAAACUUCUGGGACAAGACGAACCCAAAUUCAGCGCCGUUGAAAUUCAGCAAGCACAAUUGCCAAUCGAUAGACUGAUGGGAGCUCCCCUUUCGCUGGGACUCGUUGAAAACGGCAAGUUCUGUACCCUGUGUGAAUACUUUAUGCAUUUCGUUCAGGAAGCUCUCAGCGAGCCAGGUAACGAAGACGAGAUCAAACACGUCGUGGAAACUACUUGUGAUAAACUGCCACGUGCAAUCAAAGGCGAGUGCCACACUUUCGUCGAUGUGUACGGGGACGCUGUUAUCGCUCUUCUGAUCCAGUCGAUGGACCCUCGCGAAAUCUGCCCGGAACUGAAGAUGUGCCCGAAAUCCAAUGACGAAAUCGAAAUAUUUGCCCCAGCUCAAAUCGACGUCACCAUCGAUUCCAACGGAGGUAACGACAAACCGUCCUGCCCUCUGUGUUUGUUCGCCGUAUCCCAACUGCAGGAAACUAUCAAGAAUGAACGCACCAAGGAAAACGUUAAACAAGCUUUAAGCAAACUGUGCUCGCAUCUGUCUUCGAAAAUGAAAAUGGAAUGUGACGAUUUUGUGGAAACCUACUCGGCGGAACUGAUCGAAAUGCUGGUCUCGGACUUCACCCCGCAGGAAGUUUGCGUGUAUCUGAAGCUGUGCGUAGAUCAGCGUCCAGAUCUCAGUCUGCUGAACAUGGAAUUCGAUCGAGACAACCGCCAGAAGCCCCAUUACGACAUCGAAACGAAUGAAAUUUCCGACAUUACCGUCAACGGACAGAUCACGGUUGAUCACCAGCCCACAGUUACCAGUCCUGAAUGUUUGGUGUGCGAGGAGAUGGUCAAGGAGGUGGAGAAGCGUGUCAAGAACAAGAAAAGCAAGGAACAGAUCAAGGAAGCGCUCGAGCACGCAUGUGAUCGGCUGAAAAAGUACAAAACCAAGUGCGAGCGGUAUGUGGAGGAGCAUGCUGAUCAGAUUGUCGAUCUGUUGAUGAAGGAACUAUCGCCGAAGGAAAUCUGCCACUCGCUCGGAUUCUGCGUGACCAAGGAAGUCGAUGAACUGGAAGUCGAUGAGGCCCUCCUGGAUUACGUCGUGGAACCCGCCGUUGCCCUGGAACCCCCAACACAUCGGGAACUGGUGGACCCAUCGGAAGUUGUCAACGCCGGCAAACCACAGCCACCGCAGUGCGCUCUAUGCGAAUUCGUUAUGGUUAAGCUGGAAUCGGAACUGGCCGACAAGAAAACCGAGGAAGAAAUCGAAAAUGCCGUACGAUCGGUUUGCUCCAAGCUUCCGAACACGAUCACCAAACAGUGUGAUAAGAUGAUCGACACCUACGGUCAGUUCAUCAUCAAAUUUCUGGCCACCAUCCCACCGAAGGAGAUCUGCACCCGGUUGGCUCUGUGCGAUCAGCAGCAGCAGAUGCUUGAGGAGAGCAGCCUGGAAAUUAUCGAAUGUGCCGUUUGCCAGGGAGCCGUCAAGACCGUAGACGAAAUUCUCGGUAAUAAGGAGGUCGACUACGAUAUCGUUCAGGAUCUGGAAAAGAUCUGCAACACGGUGCCGUCGCAGUACUUCGAGAAAUGCGAGAAGAUGAUUUCGGUGUACGGCAUCAGCAUGGUGCGGCAGCUGCAGAAUUUGGUCGAACGGGAGCAGGUUUGCGUGAACAUGGGCCUGUGUAGCAGCCCCAAUGGAUACGUACGGUUCGAUGAGGAAGUCGAGAAGGCCGACGGCCAUGCGGAGAAAAAAACCGUGCACCUGGUCGGUGCCAACGAGUGUACCUGGGGACCGAAUCACUGGUGCGCCAGCGAAGAAAAUGCUCAGAAAUGCAAUGCCAGCAAGUUCUGCUCCGAGAAGAAGCUUGGCAAGUGGCAGCAGUAAGGAUGAGUGAGUGAUCCAAAAUUCCGGAGAAGGGAUGAAGCAAACAGAAGAAACAAAUCUGUUUCAAACGAGUAAACGAUACCAAGAAGUGCUAUACAUAGUUCGAUCUAAGGCUAUUUCUCACCCUGAAUUAGCUCUGUCUUGUUUCCCAAACUGCAACAUCUAUAUCUGCUAUUAUCUAAAUUUUCAUAUCUCUAUUUUAGUUUUGUAAGAAAAAGAAUAAAAAAAAAACGGUUGAAUACGAGAAAAUAUGACAGAUCAACUCUGAUCUGCGUGAUGGAUGAAAGAGAGAUUUAUAGCAAGGAGACGAUUAUUUUUAAAAUAGUUAGUAAACAGUGUUGGAAAAAGAAAGUGUCUCUUUUGUCGAACUGGAACAAAUAAGAAAGUGAUUUUUUUAACGAGAAGGCAGGUGGAAAUUAAUUGAAAGUUGAAAAGGAUGCAAAUUGUCCUGGAAAAUGGUUGUUAAUGUAGGCAGAUGGAGAGAUGUAAAUGGAAUUAAAUAAAACGAAGAUUUUAUUUCAAUUGGACUGAA